AUGACAGAUUCCUCCUCUAUCAGAAAAGUAAAUGAAAUAACUAUCGAACACUUAAACAUUGCACAUUUAUCUGCUUUGGAACCCGAUAGAUUCUUGGCCAGUGAUGACUGGGGAAACCUCAUUCAGUCUGACAUGAAAGGAAGUAUCUUAUGGAAGAAAUCAACUAAUAUGUAUGGUAUUCGAGGUAGGCACUCAGUCACAUCAGAGGGACAGAUACUUUACACAGAUUUCAAUAUUAAUGCCAUAUACACGAUGGGUAGUGACAUGUUUUCCAACAAACUAGCAAUCAGAACAGGGAACUGGAAACCAGGGGCAAUUUACUCCUCUCAUAUCAAUGAACACGUAUUGGUGGGGAUGGAGAAAAAUAAUUUCAUGGAAGUGACUGCAAAAAUAGUCAGAUUUAGCAAAGGAUGGACGAAGCUACAAGAUAUCAAUUUGAAUGAUAAAGGACAAAAUCUUUAUCUAAGUGCACGCUUUAUCACAGAGAAUAUAAACUGUGACAUUUGUACAUCUGACUACCUGGCCAGUAAGGUUGUGGUUGUAACCAGAACAGGAGAGUACCGGUUCUCUUACUAUGGUCACCCGCGUCAGAUUGGAUUCCGUCCCUGUGGAAUCUGUACAGAUGCCCAGGGACAUAUUGUGGUGUGUAAUGGCUAUGAAGACUCUACUAACCAGUGCUCUGGUGUCCAUCUGCUGGAUAUGGAUGGCCAGUUUCUGUCUUUCCUUCUCACACCAGACCAAUGCCCACCAAUUCCCUGUGCUCUUUGUAUUAACAAUCAGCAAAUUCUUAUGAUCGCGAGUUUAGCCAGUCCAACCGUUUCUGUUUAUAAGUAUUUUCACAGCACACAAGUAUAA